AUAAGGCAGAUGUGUGGUGAGAAAAGAGGAAACAGAAGUGGCAGUGUAGCGGAAGUGGUACUGCCCUGAACGAUACGCUGAGCGAGACGGAGGACGGAGGCUGAAUUGUCCAGAGAGAGAAAAAAAGCAGGACUAAAAGUCGCCAAUAUUUCUAGAAAAUGGAUAAGAACGACCUGGUACAGAAGGCCAAGCUUGCUGAGCAGGCUGAGCGCUACGAUGACAUGGCUGCAGCCAUGAAGUCGGUGACAGAGCAAGGUACAGAGCUGUCAAAUGAGGAGCGUAACCUUCUCUCUGUUGCCUACAAGAAUGUGGUAGGAGCACGCCGCUCAUCCUGGCGUGUCAUCUCCAGCAUUGAGCAGAAGACUGAGGGCAAUGACAAAAAACAGCAGAUGGCACGUGAAUACCGGGAGAAGAUUGAAGCUGAGCUGCAGGAAAUCUGCAAUGAUGUGCUCGGGCUACUGGACAGCUUUCUCAUUAGCAAUGCAUCUGCUGCUGAGAGCAAGGUGUUCUAUCUGAAAAUGAAAGGCGACUAUUAUAGAUACCUGUCUGAGGUUGCAUCUGGGGAUGCUAAGAAGGACACAGUGGAAAACUCCCAGCAGGCGUACCAGCAAGCUUUUGACAUUAGCAAGGGGGAGAUGCAGCCAACACACCCUAUCCGGCUGGGCCUGGCCCUCAACUUCUCAGUCUUCUACUAUGAAAUCCUCAACAACCCGGACAAGGCCUGCAGCCUGGCUAAGGCGGCAUUUGAUGACGCCAUUGCUGAACUUGACACUUUGAACGAGGAUUCUUACAAAGACAGCACCCUGAUCAUGCAACUACUAAGGGACAACCUGACUCUGUGGACAUCAGAAAACCAGGCAGAUGAGGGAGAGGCCGGAGACGGGGAAAACUAAUGGAAUUGCACUGUUAAUCCACCUACACUCUUAUCUUAAACACAGACAGCUUAUAUACAUCCCCCUCCACUCCAUCAGCUCCUCCCACUUCUGUAUGACAAGCAGCCUGAAUUGCUCCUGACCAACUAGUUUACCCCUCUCAGUUCACUGUGAGGUGACAGGGUAAUUUUCAGUUAGCAGAUUCAGUCACUUUGUGGAAACAUGUAUUGAUUAGUGAGUCCAUGUUGCUGUUGUUUUUGUCGGCUUUGUGUGUAUGUCUGUAUGUAGUGAGAGAGCAAGUGUGAAAGGAUGUGUAAGAGUGUGUGUGUGUGUGUGUGUGAGUGUGAGUGUGAGAGUGAGUGUGUGGUCUGGGGGGGAGGGGGGUGUUGUGAAUUCUAAUCGUCCUUCCAAAUCCCUUUGUCCCAGCUAGUUUGUUGUGCAUUUUUCAUCCCUUUUUUUGUUACUUUCUUAUUUGUGAUUCCUCAUGAUAUUUACAGGUUUUAUUGUAUGGUAAUGAAACUGGCAGUUGAUUUCCACCAAACACUGUGAUGGUAGGCGUUCCAUUUGCUUCACAACCCCCAAAACAGUUUUUGUGUUCAAAAUUUUCCAGACACAUGUACAAUCCUGUAUUAACAACUAAAUGCAAUUCUGCUGUGGGCUCAUACAGAAAGGAGGCAGGCUGUAUUGUGACACUGACAUCUUGGUGUAAUGCUCUUUGAUCUUGUUCACAAAUUCACAGUUUCAAAAGUUUUAAGGGACCCCUUAAAUUGUCAUGUUAGAUUUGUUCAGACAUUCCACAUUAUUAGGCUUUUGGAAAGGCAGUGCAUAUUCUUUUAUUUUAUUUUUUAAACUAAGUAUGGAUUAUCAUUGUAGUUUUACUCACUGUUAAGGUGCUGCUUGAUCUCAGUACAAUGGAAAUUGUAUGUGCGUAAAUGUGGUUCCAUGUAUUUUGCAAGAUUGACUAUCAUCUGUAUGUAAAACCUAAAGUAACCUUUUAUUGAUGUUAAUUGAAAAUGUCUUACCACACUGUAUCAACCCUGCUUGCAAAAUAUUCCUCUUAAAGCGGUUGUUUUUCCCCCAAAAAAUCUGUGCCUGGCUUUCUCUUGUAGCCUCCGUGGCUGCAUCUGCUUGUUGUUUUUAGAAAUCUUAAAGGGAACGAGUUAGACGGGACAAAAAUUGCUAAAUCUUGACAUCAGUUUAUAUCCAGGUGCAUCUCUGCUGUUAAAGAUAGCUGGUGUGAAUGAUCACCUCAAGAAAAAAAGAAAUCAGGUCUAUUUUGAAGGUGCAAUUUGAAGAAGCCCAAUCCAUCACUUUGGAAAGAAGCUCAGUGUCACAAUACCAUUUAUCACCACUACAUUCCACAUAUUGUAGUUGAAGACACCAUUCCACAUUAUAGCUGACAGUCUGUUUACUCUGACAAUGCUCUGAUGAAUUGAAAUAAUCUUCUGUUGAAAAAAAAACCC